AUGAGACGGGGUAAUGGAGAGAUGGACGAUGACAUGAUGAGACGGGGUAAUGGAGAGAUGGACGAUGACAUGAUGAGAAGGGGUAAUGGAGAGAUGGACGAUGACAUGAUGAGAAGGGGUAAUGGAGAGAUGGACGAUGACAUGAUGAGAAGGGGUAAUGGAGAGAUGGACGAUGACAUGAUGAGACGGGGUAAUGGAGAGAUGGACGAUGACAUGAUGAGACGGGGUAAUAGAAAGAAGGACGAUGACAUGAUGAGACGGGGUAAUGGAGAGAUGGACCUGAUGAGACGGGGUAAUGGAGAGAUGGACAUGAUGAGACGGGGUAAUGGAGAGAUGGACGAUGACAUGUUGAGACGUGGUAAUGGAGAGAUGGACCUGAUGAGACGUGGUAAUGGAGGUAUGGACCUGAUGAGACGGGGUAAUGGAGAGAUGGACGAUGUCAUGAUGAGACGGGGUAAUGGAGAGAUGGACCUGAUAAGACGGGGUAAUGGAGAGAUGGACGAUGACAUGAUGAGACGGGGUAAUGGAGAGAUGGACCUGAUGAGACGGGGUAAUGGAGAGAUGGACAUGAUGAGACGGGGUAAUGGAGAGAUGGACGAUGACAUGAUGAGACGUGGUAAUGGAGAGAUUGACCUGAUGAGACGUGGUAAUGGAGGUAUGGACCUGAUGAGACGGGGUAAUGGAGAGAUGGACGAUGUCAUGAUGAGACGGGGUAAUGGAGAGAUGGGCCUGAUGAGACGGGGUAAUGGAGAGAUGGACCUGAUGAGACGGGGUAAUGGAGAGAUGGACGAUGUCAUGAUGAGACAGGGUAAUGGAGAGAUGGACCUAAUGAGACGGGGUAAUGGAGAGAUGGACGAUGACAUGAUGAGACGGGGUAAUGGAGAGAUGGACCUGAUGAGACGGGGUAAUGGAGAGAUGGACUUGAUGAGACGGGGUAAUGGAGAGAUGGACGAUGACAUGAUGAGACGGGGUAAUGGAGAGAUGGACCUGAUGAGACGGGGUAAUGGAGAGAUGGACUUGAUGAGACGGGGUAAUGGAGAGAUGGACGAUGACAUGAUGAGACGGGGUAAUGGAGAGAUAGACCUGAUGAGACGGGGUAAUGGAGAGAUGGACCUGAUGAGACGGGGUAAUGGAGAGAUGGACGAUGUCAUGAUGAGACGGGGUAAUGGAGAGGUGGACCUGAUGAGACGGGGUAAUGGAGAGAUGGACCUGAUGAGAAGGGGUAAUGGAGAGAUGGACAUGAUGAGACGGGGUAAUGGAAAGAUGGACGAUGACAUGAUGAGACGGGGUAAUGGAGAGAUGGACGAUGACAUGAUGAGACGUGGUACUGGAGAGAUGGACCUGAUGAGACGGGGUAAUGGAGAGAUUGACGAUGACAUGAUGAGACGGGGUAAUGGAGAGAUGGAUGAUGACAUGAUGAGACGGGGUAAUGGAGAGAUGGACGAUGACAUGAUGAGACGGGGUAAUGGAAAGAUGGACGAUGACAUGAUGAGACGGGGUAAUGGAAAGAUGGACGAUGACAUGAUGAGACGGGGUAAUGGAGAGAUGGACCUGAUGAAAAGGGGUAAUGGAGAGAUGGACAUGAUGAGACGGGGUAAUGGAAAGAUGGACGAUGACAUGAUGAGACGGGGUAAUGGAGAGAAGGACGAUGACAUGAUGAGACGGGGUAAUGGAGAGAUGGACGAUGACAUGAUGAGACGGGGUAAUAGAAAGAAGGACGAUGACAUGAUGAGACGGGGUAAUGGAGAGAUGGACAUGAUGAGACGGGGUAAUGGAAAGAUGGACGAUGACAUGAUGAGACGGGGUAAUGGAGAGAUGGACCUGAUGAGACGGGUAAUGGAGAGAUGGACGAUGACAUGA